AUGGAGGAAGGUGUACAAUAUCAGCAUAAAGCAAGGCAUCCCAGUCAGAUGGCCAAGUCCAAGGCCAAAAAGAAGGCAAGCUCUCAUAGGCAACCUGCUGCUUCUGUUACCACUCGAGCCUUCGUUGAUGGGGAAUCUAAGACUAAGGUGACCAAGCUUUCAAAGAAGAAAAAGAAGAGAGCUGCUGCUGCUGCUGCUGCCGCCGCCAAGGAUUCGCAAAUGCAAGCCAACUCCCCUACUAAACCUCGGGGGGCAUCCUCCCAAGGUUCGGCUCUCUCAGAGCCCGCUCAGCCAUACCCAGCCUCAGCAUGGAACAAUAGCAUGUUACCAUUGGGCAUGGGAGGAAUCCGCUCCGAUCAGAACGGGUUUCUACCGAAUGCCUUUAUCCCGUUCCCAGGACUAAACCAGCCGAUGGGCAACUUUGGCGCUUUUGGUUUCAACCCACUGGCACCUCCUUUCUCACAGCAACGUCCUCAGGGACAUCCCCGAGUUCCCCGGGAAGACAAGGCUCGCCGCCAUGGAGUUUCACACCAGGCGCAUAUCCCGACGAGCAAUGACAGGAUAGAGAAGAAUUAUGGCAAACGACACCAGCAAAAGAUAGUUCUGGCCCCGUCGGCCGAAUCGGGCGGUGUCCCGAAUCCUACCCCAGAGUACCUAAAUCUGGCUUCCGAGUCGCCAGUCCGCCUCGAAAGCCCCAAGCCCAUACUGAUCGUCCUGGACCUGAACGGUACGCUCCUCUUCCGGCCCUCCAAGAAUCCCCAGGCCUUCGUCGCGCGACCGCACGCCCUUACGUUCCUGAACUACCUCCUCUCUCGCUUCUGGGUCGCCGUCUGGUCCUCGGCCCAACCGGCCAACGUCGACGCCAUGAUCGACAACCUGAUAGUGGACAAGGCGCAGCGGGACCGCCUCGUCGCCGUCUGGGGCAGGGACAGGUUCGGGCUCAGCAGCCAUGACUACGCCCAGCGCGUACAGGUCUACAAGCGCCUCACCAGGUUGUGGGUGGACGCAAACGUCGCGGCCUCGCAUCCCGGAAUCGCUCAGGGCGAGCGCUGGGACCAGACCAACACCAUCCUGGUCGACGACUCGGUUGAGAAGGCCCGCAGCGAGCCGCACAACCUCGUCUGCGUGCCCGAAUUUGUCGGCAACCUACAUGAGACCCCCGAGGUUCUGCCCCAGGUUCACGACUACCUCAACGAGCUCAGUUUCCAGACUAAUGUCAGUAGUUACAUGCGUGCUACACCUUUUGUCAUGCAAUGA